CUGGAAGCAAGGAACCACGUGGACAAAAAGAAAAAAUGCCAAGCAAAGCUCAAGAGGAUGCUGUGAUCAACAUGAAGUCUAUACAUGACAUCUCAAAACAGCUGGGCUUUGAGUGGCCAGUUCUUGCAUAUGAGCUGGGCUUCACAAGAACUGAAGUCAGGCAGUUUCACGCCACAUCGAGGGAGAAGAGGGAUCAGGCCAAGUGCAUGUUGGAGUCCUGGUACGAGAGGUGUUGGGAUAAGCCUAACAAGACUAAAAUGCUGCAGGAUGGACUAGAGCGUGCUGGGCGUAGAGACCUGGCUGAGAGACUGCGCUGUCUUCACUGGGGCCAUCAGAAACUCAGCCGGAGGGUUGAACUGCCUAAAGCCUUCCCCUUUCUCAUAACUGUUCACAAGACUAUAGAUAACAAGGAGGGACUGAGGAGAAUUAACGAGCUUAAUCGCAGUUACAACUAAUAUCAUUGCUGGUAAAGAAUAAUACACAAUUCAGCUCUUGGAUGUUCUGGAGAUUCCAAACAGAAUGGGAAUACUUUAUAAUUAUGAGACCAAACUUAAUUAUGAUUAUUAUUUUUUUUUUAAGAUUUAAGGUUGUUAAUUAUAUUUAAACACUGAUUUACAGGUUGCAGUUUUAACUUUGCAUAAUUUUAGCUUUUGUAUUGUGUUCUAAAUAUAUUUAAAACAGUAAUUUUACAUAUUAAGUUCCAGGAUUUUACUAGAUUAUUUUAAACUCACUGGUAACUAAACAAGUAAAUACACAAACCCAGGCCACGUGAUAGUAAUUAGGCUACAGCUAUUUGUACAGCUAUUUCCUAUCCAAUAACAUUCGGUAAAAAGGCCACCACGUUGGUCGACUAAAUUAACAAUGCAAUAUCUAUUUCUUACUAUUGUUUCUAUUGAUUGAAUAAAAUGCCCGAAUAACGAUUGGUCGAGUCAACCAAACCCGAUGACAGUGCUUAUUGUGUGUAGCCAAUCAGCAUCGUGUGCUUCCAUGUUGGAUGUGUUGCCUUGACCCUGAAAU